AUGUACCAUUUCCUGCGUGUAGCCUACGUGGAUGGAUUUAAGAAGCAGUGAAAUUGUGGAAGCUUGUUCUUCGAAGCCCCUUCCGCUGCCCGGACCGCGACAGCGCUGGGACAAAGAGCCGCACGCUUCGCGACAGGGCGUAGGAGUUAGAGAUCGUCUGGAAGAGAAGCGUAUCUCUUUAAAAGUAUGAAAAUGACCAGAACUUAAGGACUGUACCUCCGGGACAUCUGCACAUCCAAAAGAAUAAUGAUUUCCGUAAUGCUAAGUCUGGAAUUAUUUGAUCUCUGAAUCCCACCUCCGUCUAACUGGUGGUUUGCGGGUACAGGAAAGUCUGUUUUCCAGACACGGUCUGUGAGCUUGGGAAAAACACUGGGAAGGAAUUAGAAUUUCAAGUGCUGAGCUCGAGGAGGGUUUUCCUGCGGUCUUCAGAAUAACAAUGCUGGUGCCUUUGAUAGCUGUGCUGGUCGUCAGUGCUGUGGCUGCCCUUGACGUCCAUGUCCCAGAGGUGCCAGUGGUGGCGCUCUAUGGUCAGGAUGUCACUCUCCACUGCACCUUCAACACCUCCAGUCCCGUCAACUUGUCGGAGCUGAAUGUCUACUGGGAGCUGGCUGACACCAAGCGCAGCGUCCACAGCUUCUCGGCCGGCCGUGACCAGCUGACAGAGCAGGCCGACGCCUUCGCAAACCGCACCAGCCUAUUCCCUGCCCAGCUGGGCUCCGGAAACGCCUCUCUGCUCCUGCAUAAUGUGCGGAUUGCUGACGACGGCAUCUUCUCCUGCUUCGUGAGCUUGGGGACGUUUGGCAGUGGCGCCUUGGUGCUGCAGGUUGCAGCCCCAUACACCAAGCCGCAGGUGACGCUGGCCCCGGAUUUGAACCUGCGGCCUGGAGACGAGGUGUCCCUCACCUGUGUGGCUUAUGGGGGCUUCCCCCAGGCCCAGGUGCAGUGGCAGGAUGGGAUGGGGCGCAACAUGACGGACAACGUGACCACAUCCCAGGUGGCUAGCGAAGAGGGCCUGUUCAACGUGCGCAGUGUCCUGAGGGUAGUGCUGGAGCCCAACAGCACCUACAGCUGCAGGCUACACAACCCGCUGCUGGGGGAGGAAGGACAUGCCUCUGUCACCAUCACAGGUCAGAACUCGACUUUCCCUGCUGUGGCCCUUUGGGUGACAGUGGGCCUGGCCAUCUGCCUUCUGGGGCUGCUCAUUGCUCUGGCUGCUGUGUGUCGCAGGAAGAUCAAAGAGAGCUGCGAAGAAGCUGCUGCAGGUGAGGCCUGUGCUGAAAAUGGGCUAAGAGUGGUGCUGUCUGAAUAGCAACGACACCGCUAAAAAGCUGAAGCAGGACGAGGAACAUUGGACAAGACAACGUGCCAUUAGACCUUCACCCUGACCACAUCUAUUGCUAACAGGAGACUGAACGUGGAUUAAUGAAGACCAAGUGACGGAGGGUUUGGCUUCAUAUCACGGUCUGAUCUAAAAGGGCUUUACACCGGACCACUGUACUUGCUCUGAGGGUUUGAUUUUCAUUUUAUUGCAUUGUAUGCUUUUGUUUGUGUUCACAAAAGAAAUUAAGGCUUACAUGUGUAACGACCACCCGGUGCGUAAUAAACGAACAAUCUUCCAUUGAGCUUCACAUUGUGCUGUUAAUCAGGCACGGUCUUGGUUUCCUCCUCAUUGGCCUGUGUAUAGCAUAUUAAUAAUGCCAAGAUCUCCCUGCAGGAGGCGCUCUUCAUACUAAGCCACAUAGUCCUCAGUGCCUUAUACUUUCUAACCUGGACAAAUGCAAACUGAAAUCAAAGACAUUGCUAAGUGCCCACAGACUGUAUUCCUUUGAACAUAAUAUAGUACGACACAAAGUAUCUUGCAGUAAGUCGGUACAUAAUAUUUAUUUUCAAUAAACAAAGUUUCCAUAUUUUGAGACUUCUGCUUUUAUGGAGGUGGGAAUGCAGGACAAACUCCCCCCCCACCCCCCCCCCCUCAAAAAAAUGAUUUCUUUAUACAUGCUUUAUGUCUUCAAUGUUUCUUGUACAAAGUGUCUGUACCUUAAACAGCGUAUUGGCAGCCUCCUGUCAUGCAUUUUCAGCACAUCUAAUUAAAUGGAAGAGCAUUUUCUUUUCUUUUUUUUUACAUUAAACUCCAUUUUAAAAGCUUGCUUACUGCUUCUGAUUACCUCACUAAAUCCCUUGGUUCAUAUCAGUGUCAUUGUGCUACUGUUUAGUUGCAUUUUAUGUAUCUGCUUUUCACAGCAACUCUAAGCUGGGCUUAUAGUCAUACUCGCUGCACUAAUUCAGUUCACUCUUAUCUGAAAACUGAAUCCACAUAGUUGCAAUACAGAAAUUCCAAUGUCAGUGCCUCACGCAUGGGUAAAACCGCACUGUGCUCUAUUUUGUGUACUUGCCAGAACCUGGCUUUAUUGUCAUAUUAAGAAUGUGUCUAUCUCCUGUUUUGCUUUCCCCACUCAUUGUAUAGGUGCCAAACUGGGACGGUUUUCUUAGCCCACUGGCACCUUUUCAAUAGAGCAUCUUAUUCCAAGACCUUUUAUGCUGCACAGGGUCACAAUGGGAGCUGGAAUUUCCAAAUCUCUCCAUGUAAAGCUGUUAGGAAUAAAAUCAAGAAGUGUCAAAUCAAGAAGCCAUAUUGAGUGGUUCCCAUGUUUAUUUCAUUAGCCAUUAUAGUUAGUUCCUUCAUUUAUUCAUUCGUCAUCUUCUGUACCCACUGUUCUAUACAGGGUUGUAGGGGAUCUAGAGUCUAUCCUGAAAACUACAGGCACGAGGCAAGGAAUAACCCAGGAAGCAGUGCCAACCUAUUGCAGGGCACACGCCAUUCAUUCACACACACACAUUCACACCUAUGGGCAAUUUGGCAACUGCAGCUCAGGCUCAGGCAUUUUUGGACUGUGGGGGGGAAACCAGAGAACUCAAAGGAAACCCCACAAUGACACGGGGAGAACAUGCAAGCCCCACACACAAACAGAACUCACUGCAUUUAUACCUGUUAAAUGGGGUAGUUAGUUAUGUUAGCAUUAGUAUUUUAUCAUGGAAGAGUAUAUUUCAUUUCUAUGUUUAUUCCUUUUGUUAAACUCUUGAGUAUGUGUAUGUGUACAAUGAUUUAGGUCUUUUGAAUAAGCUUUAAAGUUAUUGAAAGAUUCCUCAUCCAGCUUUCAGGCCCUCAUCCAGUAUAAGCACCCUGAAUGGGAUGCCAGUCCAUCGCAGGGCACGAUGCAGGGGAACAUCCUGAAUGGGAUGCCAGUCCAUCGCAGGGCACGAUGCAGGGGAACAUCCUGAAUGGGAUGCCAGUCCAUCGCAGGGCAUGAUGCAGGGGAACAUCCUGAAUGGGAUGCCAGUCCAUCGCAGGGCACAAUGCAGGGGAACAUCCUGACAAUUCAAGCUUUGCAAACACACUGUCUAGGUGAUGAACUGGAACUGAGCAAAUUUUGAAGUAGCAAAGAAAUGUGCACUUUUGAAAUUUUAUCCUGCUAGUUCAAUAACUGAAAAUAAUUUAAAGGAUCUUUCUCCAGCUUUGCAGACACCUUGUAUGGGUGAACAACUGCAGUUGAUCAAAUGUUGAGACAAAUUUCCCCAAAACUGAACUAAUGUCACUUAGUGACAGCAAAGGAAGGGAUGAAAGCAGAUGAGAUUUGACAUUGUGAUAAGUCAAAAAGUAUUUCAUGGAUUUUAUUUCUCCUUCCGAAAAGGAGUAAAUGGAUGAAUAUCUGUUGCUAGCUGCUGUGCUCGGCAAAGUCUGUGUUAGUUUGUGGGUAGGGAAUUUGUAUACUCUGUGAAAGAGCCAAGAGUUAAAAAUACUUUUAUUUGUAAGUUCUGUCCUUGAUUUGUAGCUAAUCCCAUGUAUUUAUUGUAGAUAAGAACAUUAAUUUUAUAAAAUAAAAUGCUGUGUCCCGUUUGAA